AUGUUUGUAUCAGCCGUCUCUGCUGCAAUUCUUGCUAUCGCAGCGCUUGUGCGCGCCGAUCCGGACCCGACAACGCCCAGCCCCGGUGCCGUAUACGAUGAAGGCUCUACGUGCGACGUCGCUUGGAUUGCAGAUACUUCUGGUGUAUGGAAGACCAUGAACAUCGAGCUCAUGACCGGUAACAACUAUCAGAUGCAGUUGCUCACGACCAUAGCCACCGUGGAUGGGACUGACGCCAGUAAAGCCUCAUACAGUUACCCUUGCCCUGAUGUUGACCCGAAUUCUGCGAUCUACUUCUAUCAGUUUACCUCGCCCGAUUCCGCUAAUGUCUACUGGACGGGCCGCUUCGCCAUCGCGACUGCCGACGGCUCAACGACGCCGCCAACCGAGAGCACCGUGUAUAACGGCGAAACCGUCUACUGGGGCAAUGGCGCGCUUGUCGGCUCGUCCGGCACGGGCACCGCCGCGUCGUCAGGCGAGAGUUCUGUUGCCCCCACCGAGACGGCAACAGCGACGCCAACAGACAGCACCACCUUGUCAACUGUCGUCUCUACGCCUACGAGUAUCUCACCGGAUUCAGCGACUUCAUCUGCAAGCUCGACUGUCAUCGCGUCGCCGACGUCCGCCACAGAAUCCGCGUCGCCGACGUCCGCCACAGAAUCCGCGUCGCUGACAUCCGCCACAGACUCCGCGUCGCCGACAUCCGCCACAGAUUCCGCGUCUUCGUCUGGGCUUGGUAUCACCGAGGUCGUGCAGGUUACUUCGUCUGCUACUACUUCGUCUGCUACUUCCACCGGGUCUGCGUCGACUAUUUCCUCCGAUAACGCGUCGAACACUUCUGCGAGCCAAACCCCUGCGACCUCAUCUGGGAUGUCUUCGGUCUCUCGUGCGAGCACGGCUGCUCCUGCGACAACCUCUGACGCAAGCAGCGGGACCUCCUCUGCCAACGGGGCGAAUUCUUCGUCUGGAAGCAACUCGACUAGCGGUGCACUGAAAGUGCACGGCCAAGUCCUUCAGGCAUCCAUCGCGCUCGGCAUCGCAGCAGUCACCUUCUUUGUAGCCAUGUAA